UUUACAGUCAGAACAGGGAACUAUAAUCGAAAAUGAGUUUGACAUCCCUGACAGGGAAACUAGUAUGAAGAAGCAAAAUCCUGCACUGACGGUCGUCGUGUAUGAGUGUCCACAGGGGCCAAUAGUGCUUCUCCCUAAAUUUCUAGUUUCAUACAUUCCUUCACGUCUUCAAGCUUUGUUUCUUGCACACAUCCUGAUGAGGUUAUUUGCUGUGGUAUUAAAAGAACAUUUAAAAUCCAUCUUAAAAAAAGUAGGUCAAACAAUCUCCUCGUAAAAGUGUUCCGCAUGUGCUGUGUGUUUCAUCCCUUUUCCCAGUUAUGUAACCACACUGUGUAGUCAUCUCCACUCGCGCUGCAUACGUGACUUUUGUCCGGCUACCAUUUGUAGGAUUAAAUCGACCCUCUGCGAGGCUUUUGCUUGAACUGCUUGCCGGUUCAUGACGGGGGGGGGGACAAAGGGUGGGCCUGUGUCUGCCUUCUUUGCCCCGACUUCGUUGUGAUCUUUCACCUUCGCUGCACCCGACUUCAGCACCGAGGAUAGCUCCAAGCCUGAAAAAACGCCCUCCGCCACCUGUCCAAAUUUCGGAUUGCUCUCCGCGCUCAUGACAGGACGCCCCUCGGUAUUUUAUUCUCCUUUUCUCCGUCGGAAGUGACGUACGUGGCAAUGCUGAGAAGCCAACGAUGAUCUCACGAUACAAACCGUGAACUCGUCCAGCCUGCCUACACAUUCAGCCCCUCCUGCUCUCGUCUCCCAAGGUCGCUCCAGUCUGAAAAGACACGGCAAUAGCAGGUGCACUGCAGAAUGCUGCCGCCGCUCUCCCUGUGUGCGCCUGUUAGUGUGUGUGAGAGCCAUGUGAGAGAGUGUGAACACGUUCCAACGGAGCUGUGCGGAGCUGAGCGAAAACUGAAGCCUCACUUUUAGAGUAUGUGGGCAGUCGCAGGCAGACAGGAUGCAGAUGUUUGUCACCAUCAUGACCCCCAAAGCUGCUUAGACUGCAGAGGAUUCGAGGGAGCUACCGUUACACUGGACUGGGAUUGUCUCUAACGCCCCCCCCCUUCCCCCCACCUCUCGCCUUCCUUAUUUCUCCUCUUCGUCACUGGAUCCAAAUUCUGCAAGCUGGAAGAACUGAAAAGAGGUCACACUGGAAAUUGCCAGGAGCUGCUGAAGAGGCUAGUCCCGGUUCCACCAUGUCCUUGGCGUUCUGUGGGAGCGAGAAUAACUCGGGUGCCUACAAUGUGGACGGGGGGGUUCUGAACAACGGCUGUUUCCUGGACGCGCUCAACCUAGUGCCACACGUCUUCCUCCUCUUCAUCACAUUCCCCAUCCUCUUCAUCGGCUGGGGAAGUCAAAGCUCAAAGGUCCACAUCCACCACAGCACCUGGCUUCACUUCCCAGGUCACAACCUGCGCUGGCUGCUCACCUUUGUGCUGCUCUUCAUCCUUGUCUGUGAGAUUGCAGAGGGCAUUGUCUCCGAUGGGUUCAGCAAAUCUCUCCAUCUUCACCUGUACAUGCCUGCAGGUCUUGCCUUUAUGGCUGGCAUCACCUCGAUUGUCUACUAUCAUAACAUCGAGACCUCCAACUUCCCCAAACUGCUCUUAGCCCUCCUUAUCUACUGGGUUCUUGCCUUCAUCAUGAAAACCAUCAAGUUUGCCAAAUACACAGAGCAUGGAAUCGGCGCCAGGCAGCUACGCUACUGCAUCACAUGCUUGCUGGUGCUACUUUAUGGACUCCUGCUGGCUGUGGAGAUCAAUGUCAUCCUGGGCAGACGAUACAUGUGUUUCGCCAACCCGACAGAAGUGAAGCCCCCCGAGGACCUUCAGGAUCUGGGUGUCCGUUUUCUGCAGCCCUUUGUCAACCUGCUGUCCAAAGCCACCUACUGGUGGAUGAACACCUUCAUAACCUCGGCUCACAGGCGACCCAUUGACCUCAAAGUCAUCGGAAAGCUGCCCAUCGCUAUGAGGGCCCUCACCAACUACAUGAAGCUCCGCAACGCUUUCGAAGCCCAGAAGAAACCUCAGGGCACGGCGCCACAGGGACCCAAGUGGAUCUGGCAGGCCUUGAGGAAAGCUUUUGGCAGACCUCUCAUCCUCAGCAUCACAUUCCGCUUCAUGGCCGAUUUGCUGGGCUUUGUCGGUCCACUCUGUAUCUCUGGCAUCGUCCAUCACAUCAGCCAGGACAACCGAACCAUCCAGCAACCGAUGAGGUUGCUCGGGAUCUAUUUUAUUUCCUCCAAGGAGUUUCUGGAGAAUGCAUACGUGCUGGCCGUCUUGCUCUUCUUUGCACUGCUCCUGCAAAGAACAUUCCUCCAGGCGUCCUACUAUGUGGCUAUUGAGACUGGCAUCAAGCUACGCGGGGCCAUACAGACCAAAAUCUACAACAAGAUCAUGCGUUUGUGCACAUCCAACAUGUCCAUGGGCGAGCUCACUGUAGCUCAAAUUUGCAACCUCGUUGCCGUAGAUACCAACCAGCUCAUGUGGUUCUUCUUUCUCUGUCCCAACUUGUGGGCUAUGCCCAUACAGAUUAUCGUGGGAGUGAUCUUGCUCUAUUACCUCUUGGGAAUCAGUGCCUUGAUAGGAGCAACUGUCAUUGCUGUGCUUGCGCCCGUUCAGUAUUUUGUUGCCACAAAACUGUCACAGACACAGAAGAGCACUCUGGAAUAUUCCAGCGAGCGCCUCAAGAAAACCAAUGAAUUGCUACGAGGCAUCAAAUUACUGAAGCUUUACGCAUGGGAACGCAUCUUCUGUGACAGUGUGGAGGAAACCAGGGGCAAGGAAUUGACCAGCCUGCAGGCCUUUGCACUUUACACUUCCAUAUCCAUCUUCAUGAAUGCAGCUAUUCCAAUUGCAGCUGUGUUGACGACGUUUGUUGUUCAUGUGCAAAUCUCGGAGGACGCUGACCUGUCUCCGGCCGUGGCCUUCGCCUCUCUCUCCCUCUUUCACAUUCUGGUCACGCCGCUCUUCCUGCUCUCCAGUGUCGUGAGAUCCACCGUCAAAGCUCUUGUCAGUGUGCAAAAGCUCAGCGAGUUUUUCUCCAGUGAUGAGAUUGGGGAUGAACUGGAGCCCAGAACAACGUUGACCUCGGGCUCCAACAACCAUAACCAAAAUAGGUACCAGGCAUUGCCCUUGAAAGUGGUAAACAGGAAGCAUGCGCCAAGAGACGACUGGAACAACUACAGAUCACAUGGGGAGCAUGAGGUUGACGCACCCUACCUGGUUGCGGAACAAGACAUUUGUAUCAAGAUAUGCAGCGGUUAUUUCACGUGGACGGACGGACCACCAACACUGGCCAAUGUGGACAUCGUGGUUCCCUUUGGCAAGCUGACCAUGAUUGUGGGCCAAGUGGGUUGUGGUAAAUCUUCCCUCUUGCUGGCAGCACUGGGCGAGAUGCAGCGAGUAUCAGGAACAAUCACCUGGAACAGCCUACCCAAUCUGGAGUCAGAGGGUGAUGAAAGUCCCACAGAUCGAGACACAGCUGGUGAUGGUGACAUUAGGAAGAGGUGUGCAGUGGCCUACGCUUCCCAGAAGCCCUGGCUGUUGAAUGCCACCGUCGUAGAGAACAUCACGUUUGAGAUGCCAAUGAUCAAAACCAGAUACAAAGCUGUCAUCGAGGCCUGCUCUCUUCAGCCUGACAUCGACAUCCUUCCACAGGGUGACCAGACAGAAAUCGGUGAGAGGGGCAUCAUCCUCUCGGGGGGACAGAAGCAGCGUAUCAGUGUGGCCAGAGCCUUGUAUCAGCAGACCAAUGUUGUCUUUCUGGACGACCCGUUCUCUGCCUUAGACAUUCACUUGAGUGACCAUCUCAUGCAAGACGGUAUCCUCAAGCUGCUGAGAGAGGAGAAGAGGACCGUGGUGCUGGUCACACACAAAUUGCAGUAUCUGCUGCAUGCAGACUGGAUUAUUGCCAUGAAAGAUGGCACCAUCCAGACUGAAGGUACACUGAAGGACAUCCAGAAGUCGGAACCUGAGCUCUUUGAGCAGUGGAAGAUGCUGAUGCACAGGCAGGACCAAGAGUUUGAGACGGAGACAGUGGCAUCAAGCAUGACAGAUAUGGAGAGGAAAAACCUGCGGAGAGCAAUGUACUCCAGAGAGACUGCUAAGACUGAGGAGGAUGAGGAAGAAGAAUCCUUGCAGAGUGAUGAUGAUGAUGACAACUUGUCGCAGGUAAUGCGUCAACGAGCCACCAUACCCUGGCGCUCCUGUGGCACCUACCUGUCCUCGGCUGGGAUCCUGCUUCUUACCCUGCUCCUCCUGUCACAGCUCCUAAAACACACCCUCAUGGUGUCCAUUGAUUACUGGCUGGCACACUGGACGUCACGUGUCAUCACGGCCAAGUCGGACGCCACAGCGCACAACUGUACACUUGUUCAGGACUGUGGCUUCAGUCACUCGUGGUAUCUUUUGGUGUUCAGCAUGUUGUGCUGCCUUGGCAUCAUUCUGUGUUUGGCCUCUUCUGUGGCUGUGGAAUGGACCGGCCUCAAUGUGGCCAAGGAGCUCCACCAGAACCUCCUGAACAAGAUCACCCUGGCCCCCAUGAGGUUGUUUGAGACCACCCCACUUGGCAACAUCCUCAACCGAUUCUCCACUGACACGAACACGAUCGAUCAGCACAUUCCGACCACUCUGGAGUGUCUGUCUCGCUCAACCUUGCUAUGUGUGUCCGCCCUGGGGGUCAUUUCCUACGUCACUCCUGUGUUCCUCAUCGCCCUCCUGCCGCUGGCUGUCACCUGCUACUUCAUCCAAAAAUACUUUCGUGUGGCUUCCAGGGACCUGCAGCAGCUAGAGGACAGCACCCAACUGCCUCUGCUCUCCCACUUCUCUGAGACAGUGGAGGGUCUCACCACCAUCAGGGCCCUCAGGUACGAGCCCAGGUUUAGACAGAGGUUACUUCAGUUCACAGAUGCCAACAACAUCGCCUCGCUUUUCCUCACAGCAGCCAAUCGGUGGCUGGAGGUCCGCAUGGAAUAUAUUGGGACCUGUGUGGUGUUGGUAGCAGCUGUUUCUUCGAUUACAAAUUCGCUCUACGAUCAGCUCUCUCCCGGACUGGUGGGGCUGGGCCUCACCUACGCACUCAUGGUAUCCAACUACCUAAACUGGAUGGUGCGGAACCUGGCAGACAUGGAAGUACAGCUGGGAUCGGUCAAGAGAAUUAACAGCCUCCUCAAAAUAGAACCAGAGAAUUACGAGGGUCUGCUGAGCCUGUCUCAGGUCCCUGACGGCUGGCCCCAACGUGGCGAGAUCCAGAUCCAGAACCUGAGCGUCCGUUACGAUGCCGCGCUCAAACCUGUGCUCAAAAACGUCCACGCGCACAUCAACCCUGGACAGAAGGUGGGGAUCUGCGGCAGGACAGGCAGCGGCAAAUCAUCUUUCUCCCUGGCCUUCUUCCGCAUGGUGGACAUGUUUGAAGGGAGAAUUGUGAUUGAUGACGUUGACAUUGCCAAGCUGCCGUUGCAGACGCUGAGGUCUCGUCUGUCCAUCAUCCUGCAAGACCCGAUCCUGUUCAGCGGCACCAUUCGGUUCAACCUGGACCCAGAAAUGAAGGCCACGGAUGAGAUGCUUUGGGAAGCUUUGGAGAUUGCCCAACUGAAACCUGUUGUUAAGUCACUUCCAGGAGGGCUGGAUGCCAAUGUGACGGAGGGAGGAGAAAAUUUCAGCCAGGGUCAGCGUCAGCUUUUCUGCUUGGCCAGGGCUUUUGUGAGGAAGAGUAGCAUCCUCAUCAUGGAUGAAGCCACGGCAUCCAUCGACAUGGCAACGGAGAGCAUCCUGCAGAAAGUGGUGAUGACUGCCUUUGCUGACAGAACAGUGGUUACAAUAGCACAUCGCGUCCACACCAUCCUGAAUGCCGACCUGGUGAUUGUAAUGAAGCGCGGGAUCAUCCUGGAGUAUGACAAGCCCCAGGCUUUGCUGGCGAAGGAGGACAGCGUCUUCGCCUCCUUUGUGCAAGCAGACAAGUAGCACAAGAACAAGGAGGAGAGCGCAUGUCAAAGGAAGACAUUCAAAGUGCAAUUGAUCUAUGGAAUAUUAUACCUGUAUUUUUUAUUCAUAUUGUAUUAUAUUUGUACAUAACAAUGUGAGAUGGUUGCUAAUAAAAUAUAUAU